AUGUUCCCUGUAGGUCAGGUCACCCAGCAACUGAAGAAGUUCCCUGUAGGUCAGGUCACCCAGCAACUGAAGAAGUUCCCUGUAGGUCAGGUCACCCAGCAACUGAAGAAGUUCCCUGUAGGUCAGGUCACCCAGCAACUGAAGAAGUUCCCUGUAGGUCAGGUCACCCAGCAACUGAAGAAGUUCCCUGUAGGUCAGGUCACCCAGCAACUGAAGAAGUUCCCUGUAGGUCAGGUCACCCAGCAACUAAAGAAGUUCCCUGUAGGUCAGGUCACCCAGCAACUGAAGAAGUUCCCUGUAGGUCAGGUCACUCAGCAACUGAAGAAGUUCCCUGUAGGUCAGGUCACCCAGCAACUAAAGAAGUUCCCUGUAGGUCAGGUCACCCAGCAACUGAAGAAGUUCCCUGUAGGUCAGGUCACCCAGCAACUGAAGAAGUUCCCUGUAGGUCAGGUCACCCAGCAACUAAAGAAGUUCCCUGUAGGUCAGGUCACCCAGCAACUGAAGAAGUUCCCUGUAGGUCAGGUCACCCAGCAACUGAAGAAGUUCCCUGUAGGUCAGGUCACCCAGCAACUGAAGAAGUUCCCUGUAGGUCAGGUCACUCAGCAACUGAAGAAGUUCCCUGUGCGCCAUGGUAUCUAUACGCCCAUAUUUCGGGGCCCUGUCAACCGGUUUCUGUAUCUGCGCUCACGCGCGAGCGUAUAUGCUCUUGUCUUCUGCGUUAUCAGAUACAAGAACCACCACGAACUAAAGGCCAAGUCUCACACGAAGGUCAAAUAUCCAGAAAUUUAUGAAUGA